AUGGAUGGGUUGCGGUUUUUCGUCGAUUGCGUGCUGAACUCACCCAAUCCAUGCUCAAAGACAAGGCCGACUUUGUCAGGCGCGGCUACCAGCAAGCCCGAAACGACGGACCGAGAGAGUUCCAGUACAAGCUUCGAGCCGUCCUCCGGUGUGGGCGUAAGUUUCGUGCCCGUCAUUGGCCAACAGCCAAAGGAGGAGAUUGGGCGUCAGAGCGUUCUGGACGCAUUCUCCUGUCACUUUGCGGGACCAGAACGUGCAAAACCUGUGGCUUUGGCAGACGCGCUAUCAGCCCGUCCCUCCGCCUCAGUCAGCGGCCAGCUUGAAGGAGAUCGCCUACCCAGCAUUGUCCAACUGACAAGUGCGUUCGGCCGUCUCAAGCCCAAUAAGGCGGCGGGGAUUUCUGGACUUCCUUCAGAAGUCUUCCGAGCAGCACCAGUGUUGGCGGCUCAAGCCUUCUGGCCUGUGCUGCUCAAAUCCAUCGUCCGUGGCCCUUUUCCAUUUCAAUGGCGCGGAGGUGCUGCGGUCACAGUUCCAAAACCUGGCAAGGCCUCCAAUGAGCUUGAAGGUUACAGGUCGGUUAUCCUGCUCGAACCAUCGGCUAAAGCGGCACAGGUGGCUUACCGUCCACUUUUACAUGAUGAGUUCCUAAAGCUGCGCACCCGUGUCCAUUUCGGAGGGGUUGCAGGGGCGCCCCUCUCUCUCCCCGCUGCGUGUGUCAAAGCACACCUUUUGCACUUGAACGCCACAGGAUCCAGCGGAGGGGCUGUUUUCGUUGACUGCAAAUCGGCUUAUUAUAGUGUCGCUCGGGAGGUGCUCAAGGCCACACCAGCGCAGUUGGCCGAUGACGAAUGGGCCCAUCGCAGAGCGGCGAUCUUUUUCACCCAAGAAGCGGAUCGCAGAGCAUUCAUUGCAGCACUGCGUGCCCACCCUGCGCCGGCACAACUCAGCCACUGCCCUGAGCUAGCUACCAUCCUCCGACGCCAGCUAGAAGGCACCUGGUUUACCACUCGACCUGAAUCCCACACAGUGAUGCAGGCGGAGUCUGGAACGAUGCCUGGAUCACCAGUCGCUGACCUCCUCUUUGGGGUCGUUUUCCAUCGCAUCCUCUCAGACAUUAACGCCUGCCUGAAUGAAUUAGGCUGCUGUGCCUUUCCAGGCUUCUGUCAGAACGGGGAGACUUCACCAACUGAGCCCACUUGGGCUGACGACGUCUGCAUCCUAUUUCAGGUUGUUAAGGCUCAGCAACUUGAGGAGGUCCUCCAAGCUAUCAUGCAGGUAGUGACCACUGCCAUGCAGCAGCAGGGCCUGGCUGCGAACCUUGGCGCAGGCAAAACUGAGUGUAUGUUAGUGGCGCACGGCCCGGGCUCACAGACUGUGCGACGCAACCUGCUGACACACGCUCAGCCGAGUGUCUCUUUCAACGGGCCGAAAGGGCCCGCCAAGGUCCGGCUCGUGCCUUCCUACACCCAUCUGGGGUGCGUCCUCAGAGCAGAUGGCAACGACUUGCCAGCUCUGCGCCACCGAGAACAGCAAGCUCAGAGCAUGUAUGGGCCAGUUAGGCGUAAGCUCCUCUGCAACCCCUAUCUGACAGAACGGGAGAAGUUGGAGGUCUUCCGCUCGCGAAUUCUGUCCUCUUUUCUGCACGGAGCAGGGUUGCUCGUCCUACGGACAAAGGCGGAGCAGGACAAAUUCACUGAAGUCAUCUCGCGAUUUCACAGGGGAAUUUUUCGUCCGAUCCUGUCCAUCUCCAGUACAGGAUACUCCAAUGAGGAAAUCGCCACGAUUCUCAACUUGGCCUUGCCCUCUGAACUUUUAGAUGUUGCCCGAGCAAGGACUCUGGCCGAUAUCUGCAACGCUGGCCUUGACCCUGUGCUGAGAUGCCUAUGCUCAGACCAAGACUGGUGGUCACAGGCAAUAAAGGCCUCGGUCACUGUUGGGCUCCUCCCAAGAGCCGCCGAGACUGUGGACGACCUUCGUCGGAUCAUGCCAAGCACUGCCAAAUCUGUCUCUCUCGCCUGCAGGCGGUUCCUCAGGACACGUUGUGCCUCGAGGAAAUUUGACAGAACAAAACUCGUCCCGCGAGACGAGCCCGACGUGCCUGCAGUCACUCACUCGGCUGGACCUGCGUUGGCGUGGCCUUGCCACCUCUGCCACCAGGCCUUCAGCGGGCGUCGACAGCUCGCAGUGCACCUGUCAAAACAUCACGGGCAACGACCCGCACAAGUCCGAUGUGCUUUCGGCACAUCGUGCCAGAAAUGCCAGGUUGAGUUUUGGUCUUUGCGCAGACUUACAGAGCACUUGCGUAAGUCUGACUUGUGCAGGGCUGUAUACUCAGCCUCAGACAUAGACGCUGAUGCACCAGCGCCUACAACCAACGCAUACGCGUGGCAACCCGCGGUGCGUGUGGAAGGACCGUCGCCAUGGUGGGCCACAUUGGCGCCUCCAUUGUGCGACGAGCCCUCUUAA